AUGUUCAGAACCCUUAAAAUGCCUAGGCACUAGAGUCAGUAACAUAUGGCCACUUCCAUGAAGAAAACUAGUGAUUGGAUUUUCUUCCAUGAAAUCCCAAGUGAUGUUACAGUUCACAUUGGAGGUGCUUCUUUUUCAUUACACAAGUUUCCUUUGGUGUCAAAGUGUGGUUACAUAAGAAAAAUAGUAUCAAAUCGCACAGAUUCUGAUCCUUUAGUGAUCGAAAUCCAUGAUGUCCCUGGAGGCCCUGAAGGAUUUGAACUCGCAGCAAAGUUUUGUUAUGGAAUAAACUUUGAAUUAUCAACAGAAAAUAUUUCCAUUGUGAGAUGUGUUUCAGAGUUUCUUGAAAUGACAGAAGAUUAUGCAAUUGGAAACCUUGUAACAAGAUCUGAAGCUUAUUUAGAUGAAGUAGCACUUAAAACAUUAGCUGGUGCUGUCAUCAUUUUGCAAUCAUCAGUAAAUUUGUUACCGAUGGCUGAAAAAGUAAAGUUGAUUACUCGGUGUGUUGAUACUAUUGCAUAUAUCGUGACCAAAGAAAGUGAGUUUUGUUCUUCUAGAAGCAAGGAUAAUUUGGUUUCUUCUUCAUCACAUCUGAAAGGUAUAGUUGAUUGGUGGGUUGAAGAUUUAAUUGUGCUUAGAAUUGAUAUAUUUCAAAGGGUUCUUCUUGCAAUGAUUUCAAGGGGAUUUAAACAAAAUGAACUUGGUCCAAUUCUAAUGCUUUAUGCCGAGAAGUGUCUUCAAGGUUUGGAGAUACACCAAAAGAACAAGAAAAAAAUUGACUCGAAACAAGAACACGAAAAGAGGAUAGUUCUAGAAACAAUAGUAAGCCUCCUACCAAGAGAAAGAAACACAAUGUCGGUCAGUUUUCUUUCAAUGCUACUUCGGGCAGCCAUAUAUCUUGAAACAACAAUGGCAUGUAAGCUAGACUUGGAAAAACGAAUGGGCUUACAACUCGGGCAGGCAGUUUUGGAUGACAUACUAAUUCCAUCUUUUCAUUUUGAUGGUGACACAUUGUUUGAUGUUGAUACUAUCAAAAGAGUCAUGAUGAAUUACCUUGAACACGUAUUAGAAAUCAAUAAUAAUCAAGAAAACGACAUGGAAAAAGUUGGAAAGUUAAUGGAAAGUUAUCUUGCUGAAAUAGCUUCGGAUAGGAAUUUGUUACUAUCAAAAUUUAUCAAUUUUAUUGAACAUAUUCCAGAACAAGCUAAGGUAUCAGAUGAUGCAAUUUAUAGAGCCAUUGAUAUUUACUUGAAGGUUUUACUGGUUUUUAGCGCUGAUUUGGAGAACCAAUCAUAUUUUGUUCAUCCAACAUUAAGUGAGAUGGAAAGAAAGAAAGUUUGCAACUUGAUGGACUGUGAAAAGCUUUCAAGUGAAGCAUGUGCACAUGCUGCCCAAAAUGACAGGCUUCCUGUGCAAACUGUGGGUCAAGUUAUUUUCUAUGAACAACAACGGUUAAGUAACACAAUGAGUGGUGAUGGUCUAAUAGAGGUUAAACCCACCUCCACCGGCACCUCCACCACCAUCACCGCUACCACCGCCACCAACAAGCCAUCAUCCCAUGAGCUUUCAUGGCUGAAAAAAGAAAACCAGGACCUGAAACUUGAAGUUUUAAAAAUGAAAAUGAAGUUGAAAGAAGUGGAAAGAUUGUCUAGUGAGAAAUCUGUAGUCCGCAUCCCAGGUGUUCCUACUCGUUAUUCUGCUGAUAGUAAACCACUGUUUCCUCGGAAAUCGUUUUUGAAUUCUUUAUCGAAAAAGUUGGGGAAGCUUAUACCGAUUCUACGUGUUGAUGGGGUUAUACCUUCGAGUACAAGUGGCAGGAAUAAACCAAGUAAAGACCGAAGACAUUCAAUGUCUUGAUUCAUUUUGGAAUAGGAUUCUGGAUUCCAUGCUUUUGAUAUAUUUGUGUGUGGUAUUUUUUUGUAAAGUUUUUGUUUAUAUUAAAAAUCGUUAGACAUUAGCUCGAUGGUCAACUCAAUACAACAUUCGGACCCUAUGGCGACAACAAAUUUGGACCCAUCCAGACAACAUCUCGUCGGUAUAGGCUAUGCCGACGACAUGUUGUCGGCAAAGAGUCAUCGGCAUAAACGUGUCGACAUAGGUCCAUUAUGUCGUCGGCAUAGCUCCACCUAUUGCGACGACUCGUUGUCGGUACAGCUUUUGUCAACGAUAUUUUCGGAAAAAAAUAAAGUUUUAUUAAUAACCUGUGGCCACGACUUCGCAAAAGGUCUAAG